AUGCUCCCGUUCACGAUUCUUGGGAUCGCGCGUACAAUACGGCAUUAUCAAAAAUAUACAAAAUUGGACAAAGCGCAGGAUGUUGGCGAUAAAAUGGGGCCGUCUGCAAAACACAAUGCACUGCGCACACUUUUCUUUCUACUCGUCUGGGUGAUAUCUGGUUACAGUCUUCUCUCGCACAAGGAAUUCCGAUUCAUCCAACCGCUCCUUCCCAUUUUCAUCAUGUUCACAUCCUUUGGCAUCACUCAAUACCUAUCGUCGAGAGUUCGAAUAUCGAAAUUACUAUUAGUGCUAUUGGUCGUAACUAACUUACCCGUCGGCAUCUACAUGUCGUUGAUCCAUCAAAGGGGAGUGGUAGACGUUAUGAGUUAUUUGAGAAAGGAAGCACAAAAUGGGAGAGUUUCUGAAAUCGGCUUCUUGAUGCCGUGCCACUCGACUCCGGGAUACUGUAAUCUCCACGUCAACGUACCUAUCUGGUUUUUGACUUGUGAACCGCCAAUCGAGGUUCCCGAGAAUGAGCUUGACAAUUACAUGGAUGAAUCCGAUAUGUUUUAUGCUGACCCGGUUGGUUUCUUACAACGAGAAUUCGACAAGGUGCCCCGCGAUAACAUGAUGCAUGUGCAUGACAGCAAUAAAAGGAAAUGGCCAAGUCAUUUAGUCAUGUUUGAGAAUCUCAUGUCUGACAUUGGAACAUUAUUAACGGAUUCAUCUUAUCAUGAGGUAUUUAAUAAUGCUAAUGUUUAA